AUGGUGCCAUCAGAAGCCUCAUUCAUUGGUAACUGGGAGUGGUGUACUGUGCGGGGAGCCAAACUUCAACUGAAGUCAAAUGAACCGAUAUAUGAAGGAGACGAGGUCAGCCUGCACUGUCAGCUCGAUGGAAAUCCUGUUGGAUGGACAUAUGAGAUCUACAAAGAGGCAUCAACACACUCAUACCUUCAUAAAGUACAAACAGAGAGCACCUUAACCUUCAGCCCUGUGACUCAAUCACAACGUGGGUAUUACAGGUGUCGAGCUGGGAAAGGAGGAGUUUACUCAACAUACAGUGAAUAUGUGUGGUUAGAAGUAUCAGUGCGGGGAGCCAAACUUCAACUGAAGUCAAAUGAACCGAUAUAUGAAGGAGACGAGGUCAGCCUGCACUGUCAGCUCGAUGGAAAUCCUGUUGGGUGGACAUAUGAGAUCUACAAAGAGGCAUCAACACACUCAUAUCUUCAUAAAGUACAAACAGAGAGCACCUUAACCUUCAGCAAUGUGACUCAAUCACAACGUGGGCAUUACAGGUGUCGAGCUGAAAAAGGAGGAGUUUACUCAACAUACAGUGAAUAUGUGUGGUUAGAAGUAUCAGUUCUCCCAAAUCUCCCUAAUAAGCCCAUCCUGAUAGUCCUGCCCAGUGUCACAGUGUGGGAAGGGGACACUGUGACUCUGAGGUGUCUGUCUAAGAGUGAAGUGACAGGGACACAACUGACAUACAGAUUCAACAGAGAUGAGACACCUGUGGGUCAAGAAACUACACAGAAUAAGUUCAGAGUCCAGUCAGCUCAACUGAAUGAUACUGGAAAAUAUUGGUGUGAGGUGAAGGAACAAAGGAAGGAGACUGAGAAGAAACAAAGUGACAGAGUGCAGUUGACUGUUAAAGCUAUGUGUGUGACUUUGUCAGCAUCUCCUAGCACUUCUGUGAAGGUGAUUGACUCCAUUAACCUGGCCAGCACAUGGGAAGGGAAAAUGAGCUCAACACUCAUCUUUAACUUCCUAAGAAACAACGAGACUGUGAAGAGCAGCAGUGAUUCUGCAGUGUUUAGCAUCAAUCAGACUGAUAAAAACCACACUGGGAGCUACAUGUGUGCUGUAGAAUCUUCAGGAAGAAGACAAACUUACAGCAAUGAGAUUGAGAUUGAAGUGCAAGCUAGGAAAAAACAUCUAACAUGGCAGGUCUCAACUUACAUAUCUCUCUAUUAUAUAAAAAAUUCUUGGGACAAGACAGGACUUUUUCAGAGUGACAGGACGAGACAUUUUCAGAGAGAUCAUUUCAUGUCCGUUUGUGGAUAUUAA